AUGAAGAGCAGAUAUGCAGUCAAAGAACUGCUGAUCAUUGGGAGGAUUUUGAUAAGGCAAUGAAAAAUGCCCAUGGAGAAAAUUGGGAAGAGGAGCACCCGGAUUUAGAUGGACAAAUCAUCUACGAAGCAGCAGGCAGAAUGCCACAUGGCAGGCUGGGAAUUGCUAAUGAGUUGUUUAGCAAAGCAUAGAAGGCGAAGUUUAAGUCUAAAAGGGCGAUGGCCUCACAGCCGGUGCAAUCUGCUAAGGAGGAGCGUCUAGAAAGAGAAAACAAAUAUUUGAAGCAGGAGAUCAAGCGUCUUCGAGGCAUUGAGCUUGUUGUUCAGUCUUUGGCUGAGAAAGGGGGAGUCGACUUUGAUGGCAUAAUGCAAUCAGCAACAGAUGACUUGUCUCCAUCAUAUUCUGAAGGCGGAUUUCAAAGGGGACGAGGUGAUGUGCCUCAACACCAAACCGAAAAGGGAAUGGGAAGCAGGACUGGAGGCAGUACGAGUCAUGGAAAUGAUGAUGAGGACGACGACUAUGGCAAUGGGGGAUAUGGUAACUAUGGCGAGGGUGAUCUGUAUGGUGAUGAGCACUAUGAUCACUAUGGUGAUGGGGAAUAUGAUGACUAUGGAGAUGAGGAUGACUAUGGCUAUGGCUAUGGCGGUGGCGAUGGCGAUGAUGAUGAUUGGCUAUAAAAUCUAAUGAUCUUCAAGUCAUGUCAAAAUGUAGUUGUGUUAGAUAUUUGAAACACUUUAUUAUCUUAUGGACAAAUUUGUCUUAGUGGACAAUUUAUCUUAUGCAAAAUGUGGCCUA